CAAAGUUUGUGACGUAAAUGUCAUAAAGUAACUUCCUAGAGUUUGUAUUAUUUUUUUACAAAAAUAAAAAUAACCAUUAUUACAUUGUGUAUAAUCGUUCUUUCAUCAUAUUUAUAUGAGUCAACAAUUACUAUCGUAGUUUCUCUUUAAAUCUCAGUGUAUAUAUAAUUGCCUUCUGACUUUUCGCAACAAAGAGAUUGGUCUAAUUUUGUAUUGUACAAAAAAAACUAAAAUAAUCCGUGAAGUAAAGGCUGAAAAUGGAUUACGUUACAACGUUAAAGAUCCUAGUGAUAGGAGAAAGCGGUGUCGGCAAGUCCAGCAUUAUCCUAGCCUUCACGACAGGAGACUACAACCCAUCGUUCCCUGCCACAAUUGGAGUAGACUACAAAUGUAAAGUGAUGGAGGUGAACGGAGUUAAGGUGAAGCUGGGAAUAUGGGACACAGCUGGACAAGAGAGAUACAGAACACUGACCUCCAGUUUCUACAGAGAUGCCCAUGGCGCCAUAUUAGUCUAUGACACGUCAGAACCUAAAACACUAGCUAAGUUAAAAGAAUGGGUUGAAGAGCUGCAAGUGUAUUCCACGAAAAAGAAUAUAGUAUGUUUAGUUGUAGGAAAUAAAAUUGAUAAGCCCCGAGCGGUACCUAGAGAACACGGGCAGGCAUUUGCUCAGAAACACAGAAUGCUAUUUAUCGAAAGUAGUGCUAAGACGAAUGAUGGAAUCAAUUUAGCCUUCGAAGAACUAGUACAGAAGAUCAUCGAAACACCAGGAUUAUGGGAGACCAAUAAGAGUUCGGAUAACAUUCGCAUCACGCAGCAACAAUGGGAGCAACAGGAAGAGUCCACUUGCUAUAAUAAUAUUUGUACCAUUUAACGCGUAUAGCACUUGUCUAGGUUGGCUUCAAUCGAAUCUAGAAUAGGUUUUUUUAUAUUAUCCGGGUGUAGGUGUUACCCUCCAGUGUCAAUAGCUUAUGUUAGCCUUCAUUACCCAUGAAGGUCACUUUAUAAUGAUUUAUAGCAUGGCAAUUUUUGCUAUAUUUAAUUUAUUAUCAUUUAGUGAUAUUAUUAGUUUAAUUCACAGUUAUAUCACAUGUGACAAAUCACAUAGAGUGAUUUUCGCACGCAAUGAUCGCACUCUAUUUGCAGUUAUGGAUUAUUUUUAUUAGAACGACUGAAUAGACACUUUAAUGUAUUGUGAUAAAGUCUCUAUUCGUUCGCUCUGUACAGCCCAGUUGGGGGUCUGAUGCGAUUUCACUUCAUUACCGAGCAUAGCCGAUGAGUCACGAAAUAAGUCCGAACGCAGUAACUAUCUGCGUUCGGACUUAUUUGAAGCGACAUAGCUGGAGUGACAUAUGAUUUGGAGUAUCAUAUGAAAUUUCACUUGUGACACAUGAAAUAUCCCCAAGCCUAAUGAAUUAUAACAACAAACGAGAUGACGUCACACCAGACGGAAUGGGACCGUGGUGUUGCCUAUAAAUACGAACAGUACAGACUACACUAUGACGUCACGUAUUGCCAUUUCUCCGAGAACUUUCCGGGCCUAGUAAUAUCACUUCUAGUAAUUUUUCUAUUUAUUUUUAUGUCUAAGCUAUAUUAUAUAGCAUAUUUCAAUAGACCUUUUUUGAAAAGGUAAACACUUUUUUUUUGAAAUUAUCAUAGAAACGCCCUUAAAUGUUAUCAAUAAUAAAUCGAAAUGUUGAUUUAUUUAUUUGAUCAAAUUUUGAUAUAUACUACUGUUAGACAUCAACAGAUUGUCUUAUGAUAGAGUCAAUUAUUCGUUUGUUUAUAUUGUCAUUAAAUUAUAUUGAAUCAAACUGUACGUAAAUAUAUUCUAAUGUGUUAUUGAAACCACUUUUUUCUUUCUAUAUAGUAGGAGGUGGGCUUUUUCAGGUAAUAAAACCUAUACAACUGCGACCUCUGUGAUCUUUUGUGCUCGCCUUUGUUUUUAAAGUUCGCUUCUGAUUCUUGUCAGUGAUAGGAAUUUUAAGAUGUUCUUAACUUGGCAAUGUUAUUUAUCUCCUCAGGGUAUAAUGUAUUUUCCAAAGGUUAUAUAUCGUUUAUGUAUGAAUGGACUGCAGCCACAAAUUAUGGGUUGUAACGUUUUUCUUUAUUAUGACAAAAUUUGCUAACAAUUUUUGGGCAUAAGCCUAGUUGGAUCAUGCCCAUAUUUAGUACGCAGUGUCCAGUGAGAUCCCUUGUUAAUGCACAAAUAUUAUUUUUACUCGAAAUAGUUAAUUUCUUUGAGUUAUUACUUUUUUUUUUUCAUAAAUCCCCUUAAUUAGUGCUUUCGAGUGAUUUAAUGCUGGUAAUAAAAGAUUUUUUUGAGCGUUCUAGUUUGAGAUGUCUGAGCUUUAGGAUUUGAGGCAUGUCACAAUAAGCAUUGACGUUCCGUUGCAAACGCACUGAUGCCUUUUUUAACCAGAGUACAAAUUCCCAAUCUUUGCCAACACGCCUUACGAAAAAAAAAGUCCACGUUCCAUUGUUAUACAUUAUAAAAAUAUAGAUAACGCCGCCAUUUGUCACUGGAUCCGCUAUGGAAGGUCAUAUGGAACAAAGAUAUUUGAUUAUAGUAAUUCAUCUGAUAUAUUGAAGGCAUCAUCGCCCCCUGUGGGAGGUAUCGCCCCCUUUAGAAACCUGUGCUCUAAAUGUUCAAGCUUGCUUAACAAUUGUUAUAAAAGUAUAUUGUUUUCAAUCACAUAGUUUAGUUUAUAGAUAAUAUUCUAGAACAAUUUUAAGGCAAAGUCAGAUGUCAAAGGUUCUCAAAUAUAAACAACCCAUAGCAUAUUCAGUUGUUAUUGAAUAAAUAUACAUAGAGUGUACAAAAAAAAACAAUACAAUAUUAGUAAGAGACUUCACAUAUCAUUACUGAUUUCAAAAGCAGUAACUAAGGUCAUUUACCUCGUUAAUUGCAAGAAAAAGUUUGGCCGUAACACAAUAUUUUUUGAAACCUAUUCUUUCGAUAGAAGCCAAUCUAUUUAAUGUAUUUUGCUUAUAAAUGUGUAAAUAUGAAUAAUAUUUAUCGUAAUUAUUAUAAACUGUACACAUUAUAUAUUAAGGAUUUCACAAUUUGUUGUAAUAUACAUUUGUUUUUAGCCUCUCUGUUCAAAGAGCUUUAUUAAUUAACUGCUAAGAAGGGCUUAGUUUGGACCAAAAUAAAGUGGUGAUUUUA